UUCUAACCAUGAUUCCCACCGAAGAGGAGAAGCAGAAAAUCCAGGAAGCUCAACUGGCCAACCCUGAAGUGCCCUUGGGCAGUGCAGAGCAAUUCCUCCUCAUACUCUCCUCCAUCAGCGAACUUUCGGCUCGGCUCCACCUCUGGGCGUUUAAAAUGGACUAUGAAACCACAGAAAAGGAAGUGGCAGAACCACUUUUGGACCUGAAGGAAGGAAUAGACCAGUUGGAAAACAAUAAAACCCUGGGCUAUAUCCUGUCUACCCUCCUAGCCAUUGGAAACUUUCUAAAUGGAACUAAUGCCAAAGCGUUUGAGUUAAGCUACCUCGAGAAGGUUCCAGAAGUCAAAGACACAGUGCACAAGCAGUCUCUUCUCCACCAUGUGUGCACCAUGGUGGUGGAAAACUUUCCAGACAGCUCUGAUCUGUACUCAGAGAUCGGAGCCAUCACCAGGUCAGCCAAGGUUGACUUUGAUCAACUUCAGGAUAAUUUAUGUCAGAUGGAGAGAAGAUGCAAAGCUUCAUGGGAUCACCUCAAGGCUAUUGCAAAACAUGAAAUGAAACCAGUUUUAAAGCAACGGAUGUCAGAGUUUCUAAAAGACUGUGCAGAACGAAUUAUAAUUUUGAAGAUUGUGCAUAGAAGAAUAAUUAACAGAUUUCACUCCUUCUUGCUCUUUAUGGGUCACCCACCUUAUGCAAUUCGGGAAGUGAAUAUAAACAAGUUCUGCAGGAUCAUCAGUGAAUUUGCACUAGAGUAUCGUACCACCAGGGAAAGAGUUUUGCAGCAGAAACAGAAGCGGGCCAACCACAGAGAGAGGAAUAAGACCAGAGGGAAGAUGAUCACCGAUACUGAUGACGAGGAUGAAGUCGAGUCUGGCAAAUUCUCUGGCAGUUCUCCAGCACCACCGAGCCAGCUGCAAGGUCUGAGCUAUGCUGAGGAUGCAGCUGAACACGAGAACAUGAAGGCUGUGCUGAAAACCUCAUCCCCUGCUGUGGAGGAUGCCACCCCUGUGCUGGGCGUCCGCACUCGCAGCAGAGCAAGUCGAGGAUCCACUAGUUCAUGGACUAUGGGAACCGAUGACUCACCUAAUGUCACAGACGAUGCAGCUGAUGAGAUCAUGGACCGCAUUGUCAAGUCAGCCACCCAAGUGCCCAGUCAGCGAGUGGUGCCACGGGAGAGGAAGCGAUCCCGAGCCAACCGCAAAUCUCGAUCCACUUCCUGGAGAAAUGUGAUCCCUGUGGAUCCUUUGCCUACAUUAGCUGUGGCCUUGGGUGUUUCAGGCGAGCCCCAAGGCUUCAGCCAGCCGCUUGGUCAUUCAAGAGACAGGGAGCAGCCUCAGUGGAAGAAUGGCUACCAGGGGGAGGACCUGGGAAGAGCCUGCAGGAGGCAGAAGUAG